UCCAUUUAUUUUGUUAGGUUUGAAGCUUUCUCCUGUAACUAUCUUCUCUGUCAAUGGUGAAUUUUCCCCAGCUUCAUUAAUGUAGAUGCAAGAAACUCAUUUCUGCAUUUAGGCGAACGGUGCCGACAUGGGUUUGGAGGUAGAGGAGAGGAUGAAGGAGAUGCCAUUGCAUCUUGUCAACAACUUUAUUGGAGUGAAGAUGAAGAAAGGGUUGAUAAACUUGUGCAAUGGAGAGAGCUCCACCUCUGUUCUCGACUCCCGAUCGGCUUGCUUGGCCGAGGGAGAAAGAGAAAGAGAAAGAGAAAGAGAGAGAGGGAGAGGGAGAGAAAGGCAGCCAACUUUGGAGGAGAUGAUUCUGCAGUUGGAGAUGGAGGAGAAGAUGAGCAGGAGGAGCAAGGUAGAAGCGCACAGGAUGUCGUGUGUGAGCAGCUGCGACAUUCUUAGAAGCGCGAGGAAGGCGCUGGAUCAGUAUCCGCGAUUCUCUCUGGACGGGAAGGACGCCAUGUACAGGUCGUCCUUCACGGGGGAGAUGGAGGCGGAGAAGAGGCGCAGGCGGCUGCCAGCGGUGGUGGGAGGGGAGAGCGUUAUCUGGUGCAAACCCGGGGUGGUGGGAAGGCUCAUGGGUCUGGACGCCAUGCCGGUCCCCUUGAACACGAACUAUAGGAGGGAGAGGCUGAGCGCCAUCAUGAGGCAGCAGAAGGAGGCGGAGGCCGAGCGGCGGUGGCGGCGGAGAGGGGUGGUGGAGUCUUGCUCCAGAGCUGGAUAUUGUGUUGUCAAACCAAAUAGUGAAGGAUUGCUUCAUCACAAGAGAUGGAAAGGAUAGUGGUGUUGUUUCAUUCGUAAUUUUAUAUCAUGCUAACUCAAUUCAAUAACUAGAGGAUGAAAUCCAACUUAGUUAUUAAGACGUUUCUCUUUUAGUUAGA